UUUUAAAUGAAAAGUAGUGUAAAUGCUGAAAAUAGUAUCGUUAUAGAGCAUUUAUUACACUCCUUUUGCUGAAAUAUUGCUUCAAACGUUUUUAAACGAAUUUAACGUACAAAUUAUAUUGAAUUAAAAAUAGAGGAAAUGGCUUUGGAAAUUGUAAGAAAUGAGGAUUUCAUCGAAUAUUUCUUAUUUCCUAAUAUUGAUCCUGAUAAUGAGGUUGAAGAGGAUAAAAUAUUAAAUGAUACUUUGAAUCAAGUCAUCGAAAUCUCAAAUAAUUAUACAAAAAAAUUCAUUUGGCACAAGGAUGGAGUAAACUUUUGUGCAAGAAACAGACACUCUCACUUAUUAAAUCACGAAAACAAAGAAGAACUUCCCGCCCAUAUUUAUGGAAUUUCCUACUUCGGUGAUAACAUCCAAGACGAAUGGUUCAUCGUGUCAUUGUUGUUACAUUUGACAAAAGAGAUCCACGAGUUGAUUAUCAGAACCUGUGAUUCUGAUGGAGAAUUUCUUUUGAUAGAAGCCGCUGAUCAUUUACCACAAUGGGCAAACCCGGAAACUUGUGAACAACGUGUUUAUAUUUAUGAUGGACAUGUUUUGCUUGUGGAAAACUCAUCGAACACGGAAAAUGUUUUACCAGUGAAAGAGGCAAUUAGUAAAAUAAGAGACGACGCCAAAACUUAUCGUGUCACGAAAAAAUUCGAAGAAGCAAUCUUUGAAAGAAUUCAAGACUUUCCGGAAUCAAUCGAGAAGAAUUUCCACCGCCAAACUGUUUUUGUUCCCAUUGCUGUUGCUGCUUUGCUCCAUAACAAUCCUCAGUUGAUUGCUCCUGCUGUUCAAGCUUUCUGUAAUCGCGAUCCAAUCGAUAUGAAAGCUUGUCGUGCAAUGAGAUAUUUUCCACCGGAAAAUCGUGUUUACACAAGCGUUGUCUUCACAAAAUGCCUUUAUGCAAUGAUAAUGCAUAGCAAUUACUUGCCAGACAGACGAACUGGGUGGCAAAUUCCUUCAUCAAACAGUCCCCACUUUAAAGCUAACUUAUUGGGUGUGAAAAUUGCUUGUGGCUUCGAAAUUCUCGCAUCGCAAGCAAAACAAUCACGUGUAAGCAUAGAGAAUGACAAAGAAUGGAUUAAAUAUCUUGAAAGUUUGAAAAAUCGCGGAUAUUUCAAAGACUUGCUUGAAGGUUCUAAAGGACAUCAAGAAUUACUUGCUAAUGCGAAAGUUUAUUAUCUUCAAAACUUUGACGACGUGAAAACAACGACAAGAAUUGGAGACGAAAUCUUAAACGACAUGAAGCAACUUGAUGUCAAUUUUGAAGAAUUUAAGAAACUUGAACAAUCAUUGCCCGAAUCUGAUAGCGAUAAUUGGUUGAACAUUGCACCAGAGGAUCUUGAUGAGAUGUUGAUGAAACGAUAUGGAAUAAAAGAUUUCUUUACAAAAGAUUCAAAUGCAAAUUCACCUCAUUUGACUGAAAUGCUUACCGAUUUCCUUGAGCAAAAAAGUGAGUAUGACGGCGUUGAUUUGAAUAAAAAUAUUCCUUCAACGGCUGAUAAUUCUGCAAUUCAUGUUGCCGGCGGAUCUAUUAAAACUAACAAUAUUGACUUCGAUGCCGAUGCAUUCUCAGCGACGGUUAAAAAUCUUCUCGAUUUUGUGAUUCCGGAAGACAAAUGGGAUUCACAAUCAGACAUGAGUGACUAUGAAAACGACGAUGAUUUACUUGCAAAGAAUAUUGAUGAACUUUCGAAGGCUCACAAGAAGAAUAAGCAGGAAAAUAAGUCGAAGAAGUCAAAUAUUGACGUUUAUAUGGAGCAGAUGGAUCGAGAAUUGGCAAACACGACGAUAGGAAAAAGCUUCGAGACAAAAGCAAAGCCGGAAAAAGCUGAAUUUGACGAUGGGUUCGAUGACAUUGAAGAUUUCCAGCCAGUUGACAUCGACAUGAAUGCCAUAAAAAAUAUGAUGGAGUCAUAUCAAUUACAGGGCGCUUCCGCUGGCCCAACAUCCAAUCUGCUUGCAUCGUUAAUGGCCGAGGAAAAAAAGCAAAACAAUGAAUGAAAAGCUUUAAUUAUAAUGAUAUCACACGCACUUUAAUUGUUGUUCGUAUCAAUGCAAUGGGGGAAAAAGAAAAACUUUGAAUAAAAAAAAACUUUCACACUCGAAAAAGCUUCUUUUUUGUACUCGCUAUGAAAAAAACUUUUUGUUUUGUAUGAGUGAAACGUUAUAUCGUUAAUUGAAUGGAACUGAAUUAAAAGUUGUUCGUCGAGCAAUUGUUGCUGAC